CCCAGCAAAGAACGAACUGGACCCUGAGAAUAAAACUGAAGCAGCCGGCGAAAUAAUACACAGAGCCCACGAUGCACCAGUGAACGCGACCGGCGACAAAGUGUUCCCGGGCAGCGGGUUCAUACUCCGGGCUACCAACGAUACGAAGCCGCCCGCGAAGAAUAAGAUUUUCCUUCUAAAUUUUUGGUUAACUACCAAUAAUUUUACUUUAUACAAUCUAGGAGUCUCUACUGCCAAUCCGGCUCAGUCAGACAAAGUAGAAGAUAAAUCAAAUGAUAGUACAAAACAUGAUUCUCACAAAGUUUCUAAGCAAGUCAGUAAUGGGACCGAUGAUGGCGACGAAAUAGCAGAUGAGGGAUGGGAAUACGAAAACACUACGAUUGUAGAUACAAGAAGAAUUUUGUACAGCAAAAAGGUUCCUAUUGGGAAAAGGCCUUAUAUGGUAUACCUCCAACUGACGAAAGAGUCAGCCAAGGCCCACAAAUACCGCGGCUGGCUUUGCGGAGGCGUCAUCGUCGACGCCUAUUACGUUCUGACAUCUGCCGCGUGCGUGGAAGACGCUGAUCACUUCUACAUUGUGUCUGGUACCACCAAGUUUGUGGACAGCUUCGAUUAUAAAUCGGAUGAUUGUGUCUGCAAGCAUAGGAGGCGGGUGGUGUGGAAGUGUAUCCCUAAGAAUUACAAGUUCGACUUCCAAGACAGCAUCAAAUGGUCGUCCAACGAUAUCGCGAUCGUCAAAGUGGACAAGCCUUUCAAGUUGGGAGUUUGCGAGAAGGGCUGCGAAUUUCCCACUGACCUUAUUUGCUAUAACAACAUUAGUAGAGAACUCGAGAAGCCAGGAACUAAAGGCUGGAUUGCUGGGUGGGGAAGUGGCAGUAACUUUAGAGAGGGAGUCUAUCGCCGUCAAAGAGUCCACAUACCAGAGAACGCGAAAUGUUUGCAAGAAGCAAAGGUCUGCGUGAUGGACAACGAGCAAUGCGCCAAGAAAUGGGCUCAAAGGUUCAGGAGCAUCAUCACUCAGUACAUGAUCUGCACCAAGGACGUCAUGAAACGGCUUAGCGAGAUCUGUGACAAAAAAUACGCCAACUGUACUGACGUGGAAAGUAGAAGACAUCUUGAGGGCUCAACAGAGGUUGGGGCACCUAAAACAUUUAACGUAGACCUCGGAAGGCAUUUGAGAGAUCCUGAUGAUUAUACAGCUAGACGAUCGUCCGUUCAGGGUGGAUUCUGUGAGAAUGACCACGGUGGCCCUCUAAUAGUAAAAUAUCAAGGCAUGGAGCGAGUGAUCGGUGUGAUCUCAGCGUGCAAGAUCGAUCCCAAGAGCCAUAGUUGUCAUGGACCGUUCUUGUACACUUCGGUGUUUAAAAACCGGCAGUUUAUCUCGUGCGCUAUUCACAAGGAUGUUGAGGAGAACUGCAGAAGGGUGUUCCGUACUGGUAUAACGCAUGAAGAAUGGUCCGUUAAUUGGGACGACGUGGAAGAAGACAAGGCAGACAGGGAUGAAAAAGAUGAUGACAGUGAAGAUGAGAAGCCGGAAAAAGAAGCUUUACGACAAAGCGAUAAAUGCCAUAGGGCAAUAAAGCUUUUAGUAAUAUUAAACCAAUUUCCUAAUCGCAGUAAGCAGUUGAAGAAACAAGAGAAGAAAAAAGAAUCCGACAGUUCUAGCGACAGCAGCGAAGAAGACACCAAAACAAAAAAAGAAAAGACCGAAAAGAAAGAAUCUAAAAAGAAAGAGAGCACAAGCAAACGCUCUAAAAGUAAAAAGAGUAAGAGCCACUCUAAAAAAGAGUCACACAAAGAGGAAAAGAAAGAAUCUGACUCUAAAAAGUCAAAGGAGAAGUCUUCUGACUUCAUAGGAAUGCAGAGGGGGGAAGUGUUUUAUGAAUCCAGUAGGGACGAAAAUGUCAAUGAGCCAGACGACGAAUAGGGUUUCUGGUAAAUAAAUGAGUAAGUUUUCAUAAGAGUUUCAUUCUUUUUCUAAUCCUGUCUGAAAGAGGAACAU